GACACACCUUUGUUUCUCUCCAGUCCAUUCUAUAUUUAGUCAAUUUACUGUGUAGAACCUCAGCCAUUGUAUUUCUCGUACGUCCAUGUACAAUUAUAGUAACGUUGUCGGUGGAUCUUUCGAAGCUUUUCCCUUUUCCCUGGCAGGCCGAUCGCCCCCGUCAAUAUACCAUUAUAUAGAUUUCCCAAGGGUUUUGAGACAUAGUGAUUCACUCAUCCCGCUAUUUAAAUAUACCCUCUUCCUGUUUAUCCUCUUUCCUUCCUCUCUUCUUCUUUACUACACUCGUUCAACUUUAGAUUCCCUCGUUUAAACAUACUUAAUACUUUUAUCCUUUCGGAUUCAUAAUCAGCCACCAUGCGUCUCUCUUACGCCGUCUCUCUCUUGCCUCUGGCUGCUUCCGUUGGAGGUUUGUCUUGCAGAAAAUAAUGUGACA